CUUUUAUGACAUUGACAGUUCAUAAAAUCGCAGCCAUAUUUCUUUUUCGGAUACACGUUGUUAAGAGCGUGUGAAAAAUGAGUUCGUUAAAACUCCAGAAGAGGCUCGCCGCCUCUGUUAUGCGAUGCGGUAAAAAGAAGGUAUGGUUGGAUCCUAACGAAAUCAACGAAAUCGCCAAUACAAAUUCAAGACAAAACAUCCGCAAGUUGAUUAAAGAUGGUCUGAUCAUCAAGAAGCCUGUAGCAGUGCACUCGCGUGCCCGUGUCCGCAAGAACACCGAAGCCCGCAGGAAGGGCAGGCACUGUGGUUUCGGUAAAAGGAAAGGUACAGCAAACGCUCGUACACCCAGAAAAGAAUUAUGGAUUCAACGCAUGAGAGUUCUUCGUCGUUUGUUGAAAAAGUACCGUGAGGCCAAGAAGAUCGACAGACAUCUGUACCACUCGCUGUACAUGAAGGCGAAGGGUAACGUAUUCAAGAACAAGCGUGUCUUGAUGGAAUACAUCCACAAGAAGAAGGCUGAGAAGGCUCGUGCCAAGAUGUUGGCCGACCAAGCGAACGCCAAGAGAAUGAAGGUCAAACGGGCCAGGGAAAGACGCGAAGAACGUAUCGCUACUAAGAAGCAGGAAGUUUUGCAGAAUUACCAGAGGGAAGACGAAGCUGCUGCUACUAAAAAAUAGGUUAUUUUUAUUCAUUUGAUAACUAAUAAAAAGUUAAGGUAAAAUAA